AUGCCUUACGUUGACCUCAUCGCCGACGACGAUUAUUUUCUGCUAUGGUACGCCACCAAUACCCACUCCAACCAUGUCGGCGGCUUCUGCCCGGACAAGCCCACCAUCAUCCUACUGCAUCCCAUGGCGUUCGACUCGAGAUGGCUUCACAACAUAUUCGGCGACCCGCGGCUGAGCGAUAACUACAAUCUCAUCGCGUUUGACGCGCGAUACUCGGGGAGGUCACGAAGCCGGCCGAGUGGGAAACUGGACCACUGGGUUGAGGCGGCAGACCUGGCGUUCGCCUGCCAGGCGAGUAGCUCGCCGCUCUAUUUGCCCCCUGCUCACGUCUGGGCCGAAGAGUCCCUCGCGACCAACGUCGCGCUCCGGUUUGCUGCCCUGUUUCCGGAAAUGUGCCUGAGUCUUACAUUGGUCACCGUCCCUCCUCCAACUGAGCUCAAAUCUUAUUUCACAUCGUUCGACGAGAUGGUCAAAAUGUGGAGCUUCGCUGAAGAUCUGGAUUCGUUUGAACACGCGACGAUGGAACUCCUGAACCUUACCGUUGGACCCGAUAUGGAUAUGGAUCUCCUCGACGACAUCAUCGCGUACUGGACAGUAACAUACCCCCCUUUCCGACGCUCUCGAUUCAUCAAGCUUGGCAAUCUACUCAUGAAUGUCCGUGCAUGGUACCUUUUCCCCUUGUAG